AGCCUAUAAAACACCUCCCCUCCUUUGCGUCUUCCUUCACACACUCACACAUAAUCCAGUGCUUUGUUUGCUCCUGCAGUUUCCUCUUCCAAACCACGCAAGCUAUCGAAAAGUGAAUCAAAAUGUCCAUGGUUCUCGCUUACUGGGACAUUCGCGGGCUUGCCCAGCCCAUCCGCCUCCUCCUGGAGUACACCGGCACCAACUACAAGGACAAGUUUUACGUCUGUGGUGAAGCUCCAGACUAUGACAAAAGCUGCUGGUUUGGUGAGAAAGAAAAGCUUGGAAUUGACUUCGCCAAUCUGCCCUACCUGGUGGAUGGAGACAGGAAGAUAACGCAGAGCAAUGCCAUUAUGAGAUACAUCGCCCGAAAGCACAAUAUGUGCGGAGAGACUGAGGAUGAAAAGAUCAGGUUGGACGUGAUGGAGAACCAGGCCAUGGACUUUAGAAAUGGCUUUGUAAUGCUGUGCUACCUUGACAUGGAGAACAAAAAGCCCGGGUACCUCAAGUCACUGCCAGGUGUGCUGAAGCAGUUCUCUGACUUCCUGGGAGACAGGAAGUGGUUUGCUGGUGAUAAGAUCACCUUUGUGGACUUCAUCAUGUAUGAGCUUCUAGAUCAACACAGGAUGUUUCUUCCUACAUGCUUGGAUGACUACAAGAACCUCAGAGAUCUUAUGGAUCGUUUUGAGGCUCUGGAGAAAAUUGCUGCCUACAUGAAGUCCGACAGAUUCAUGAAGACUCCUGUCAACAACAGGAUGGCCAAAUGGGGAAACAAGAAGGAGUGAAGACUAAACUUGCCUUUGCCUUAGAAAUACAAAGUGCUUUCCCCAAGUGCAACUUACUGGAGAAACUUUAAUUCAGGAGUAAAUUUACCAUCUUUGUUUGUAGUUCAUUAAGGUUUUGUGUCCUUUAAUCAGUCUUUCCAAAGAUCAGUCAGUCAUUUUCUACCGCUUAUUUCAUAGUGGGUCACGGAGAAGCUGGUGCCUAUCUCCAGCAGUCUAUGACCCGUUGUUUUGUAAUAGUUUGGAUUAAAAAAGCAACUUUAUACUGUUGUUUAUGAAAAUGUGCAAGUGAAAACUUUAAUUUCAGUCAAAGCACUUAGUUUUGUAACCCAUGUGUUAUUGACAGAAUAAACAAUUUCAUUUCAA